CAUAAUAAGUUAUAUCAUUUUCUAUAUAUCUUUAUUCUGGGGGUAAAACUAAUUCGAAUCGUUUGAAAACAUAAUACAGUUGGCAUAUACCAAAAAUUUUCCAGGUAUUUGAAGCUCUUUAAGUUUGUAUUUUAAACGUAUCUGACUUAUUAGCUAUAACUAUGACAAUUUUGAUCUAGAUUUAAUAUUAUUAUUAUGAUAUACCCUAUAUGCCCUAUGAUAUAUUAGAUAUAACCUAUAUCAAUCCUAGUUAAAUCAAUAAUUCAAGUGAUUUUACUUGCUUAGGGUAUGAUGAAAUGACUGUCCUACCUAAAGUUCCUUCUAGUAGGCUCCCUGAAACAGCCAUGGUAAGGAUUCCUGAGCAGGAUAGCAAAUACACCCCAAAUUGCUCUGUCUGCCCCAAAUCUUACGUUGUUUACCCUUUUGACUCUGUCCCUGGUGACUCUGUCUGGUGUAAUCAGCAUAGACUCGCAGAUUUUCCGCUCAACGGAAGCAUUUAAUGAAGCGGAAAUCGCUGCGAGGCGACACAUCACUCACAAGCGGCACCAAGGUGAUGGAGCCUCCCCUGAUGAUUGCCUCGCAGCUUAUUUGGUAAAUAGUUAGUGUUAAAACCGACAAAUAUUUACCUACACACAAAUUUUAUUGCUUUUUCCAAGGCUCUUAAGGGUAUUCCCACACCCGGGAGCAUUGCCCAAACGGAUCAGCGAUUCGAUUCGUUUUCAAUCUUGCAAAUGGUCGAAGCAAUAAAAAUUUAAAUAUUUCCGAAAUUUAAAAUGCCAUCCACUCAAUUGGGGGGGAAUGGAUUUUGGUUAGCGUGGCGAAAAUUGUUUUCGUUCUUCGGCUUAAGACCAAAUUACAUUGUUUUUAACACUUCAUUAAGAAUGGGCCGUGACACGCCCCCUCCGCGCUACGCCCUCGUCGUGGGCGCCAGCUGGAGAGGAUUCAAAGGAUACGUGGCAAUGCACAUCCGCAUCCUGCGAGCGCGACGCAUGUUUGCCGAGCGAGCUCAGCGGCAAAGUCAUUAAAAACUGUUCGCAUAGGCAAAAUACAAAAAAUUCCUGGGGGCUUCGGGAGGAAGCGAAUCUGGGGCCUGAAAAAUUGCAUAUUAGUGCAGAAAAGCUAGAUAAAAAUGGGUGUCGGUGGGGGAUGGAGGCAGAUCCAGAGGGUUUGGGACUGUCUGCGAAGCGGCUUAAGUGUCAUUGUUCACACAGAGGAGCAUUUAACAUUUUCAUUUAGGGCCUGUGACUCGCAUAUGAAUAUUCAUAGUUGAGCAGAACCGAUACGGAGAGCACGGGGAUUAUAUUGUUGGAUUGCGUGGCCUUCAGUUGAAAGAAAUCCCACUUUCCAUAACUAAACUAGGCUGGGGAUUGAAUAGUAAAUGGAAUGAAGGUCCUCCAGCUACAGUAGAAGUGGAUAUUAUGGUUCGCAGCAUGGGACCAAUAUCAGAGGUCGACAUGACCUACUCGAUGGACUGUUACUUCCGCCAAUCCUGGGUGGAUAAACGUCUCGCGUUCGAGGGGGCCCAGGACACGCUGGCACUGAGCGUCUCGAUGUUGGCCCGGAUUUGGAAGCCGGAUACGUACUUUUACAACGGCAAGCAGAGCUAUUUACACACGAUUACCACGCCAAAUAAGUUUGUGAGGAUCUAUCAGAACGGACGCGUUCUGUACUCCAGCCGGCUGACAAUUAAAGCCGGCUGCCCGAUGAAUCUGGCCGAUUUUCCCAUGGACAUACAAAAGUGUCCCCUGAAAUUCGGUUCAUUUGGCUACACCACGUCCGAUGUCAUCUACCGGUGGAACAAAGAGCGACCCCCUGUCGCCAUCGCCGAGGACAUGAAGCUGUCCCAAUUCGAUUUGGUCGACUGUCCGGCUGGGAAUUUAACGGACAUUGUGUACAAGGCGGCGGCUCCUAGACCGCAACGCCGUCCAUUCAGCAACAAGGACCCACCACGACCCACCAGCAAGGUGCUGACCACUUUCGCCGGUCCGGCGGCAAAGAACCAGCAUGUCCGCGGCACAGGACUCAAACUGGACAAGGGAGCCUUCGGCACUGGACGUGAUGCAACCGGCGGAGCAGGGUCCACCACCGGGCUAAGUGGCACCAUCACCCUGGAGACCAACCAUCCUUCGGAGUACUCCAUGCUGAUGGUGAACUUUCACCUGCAGCGGCACAUGGGCAACUUCCUCAUCCAGGUGUACGGUCCCUGCUGCCUGCUGGUGGUCCUGAGCUGGGUGUCCUUCUGGCUGAACCGCGAGGCCACCGCGGAUCGGGUCUCCCUCGGCAUCACCACCGUGCUGACGAUGACCUUCCUCGGGCUGGAGGCUCGCACGGAUCUGCCCAAGGUGUCCUAUCCCACGGCCCUGGACUUCUUCGUGUUCCUCUCGUUCGGCUUCAUCUUCGCCACGAUCCUGCAGUUUGCAGUGGUGCACUACUACACUAAGUACGGAUCGGGGGAGUGCUACUUCAUUAUCGAGGAGCUGGACUCGGAUUCGGGGGAGUCGGAGACGGAUCCGCUGACCUCCGACUUCCGGGACAGCACGGAGUCCAAGAUCUACGAGGUCAUUCCGCUGUCCAUGUGCGCUAUCACCAUGCCGCCACCACCCAAUCGGGUGGGCAUGCUCACCUCCAGGAACCGGGGUCCCCGGAACAGACGACAUGGUCUGUGGAGCAUGAAGCUCCUGGGUCUCUUUGACUGGCGGCGAAGAAGAAAGCCGCCCCGAGCCGGCGACUCCGAUGAGGAGGAGGAUGACGAGCAGACGCAGCUGAGGGCCAACGAGGCACCGACCACAUCCGCGGCAGCUGCAGCGGCACAGGCGGCGGCACAGGCUGCCCGGAUCAGUCCUCCGACUGGUGGUCGCCGCAGGAUGUCCUACUACCGACGCGAGGAGAUGGAGGCCCGGAGGAAGGGCAAACGAACCCCACAGUACAACUCCGUGUCGAAGAUCGAUCGCGCCUCGCGAAUCGUCUUUCCGCUGCUCUUCAUCCUGAUCAACGUGUUCUAUUGGUACGGCUAUUUGUCGAGGAGCUCCCGGAUUUUGGCCAACACGCCGGAUGCGAGCACCUGAUGUUACCUUUUAGCAAUUUAGACAGGGUCCUCGAAGAAAUCAAUAAGCGAUCGCCGGCAGCGAACAGACACCUAAAGAGGGUCGUAAACGAUGCAUCCGCAGCCUCGCCGAUGAUGAUGCACCGUUUACACUUUGCUUUGAGACAACGCGUGGGGGGAAAAUCGGUUGGGGGAUCGGGAAAAGCAGGGGAUGGGUUUAACUUUUCAGAUUCAGUUACGCUCUUAUUCUGAUUUGCUACCAAACGUGACAACGCUUUAUGGGAUUUCUUUUCGCGCUAAAUUGCUAAAGUACAGAAAACAGAACUCAACUCUAACAUAUCAGAGGACUUGCUAUACGGACACCCUUUAAAAAUAGCGAGCUUUAACCGUCAAAAUAGUGUGAGGAAAUUUUCGAAAACGUGUGUGUUCGUUUUUUCUCAAAAGUUCAUGUUAUUGUAUCAAUGCAACAAGCCAAAGAAACGAAAUCUUCUGUGAUAGUUGCUUGCAAUAUUUUGACAAUUAGUUGUUAAAAGCAUGGGGUGUCCUGUAAAUUUGUUGUACAGCUAACCAAUAAGUUAAUUAGUUUCGUUUUUGUGUGUACUUUAAAUGGUUAAUGUUGAUUUAAACGUCACCGCACAAGGAAUUUGCACUUAGUUGAGGAAUUUGUUUAGUUCACAGCAAAUUACAGUUUUUACAUGGGAUCACCAAAAAAUAGGAAAACGUGUUAGGAAAUUGCCGUCUCUGCUUUUCUGUCCCGGCAAGUAAUAGAAGGUAAGCCAGUAUUUUAAUAAGUCACUCAGCCUAUAUUGUUAAUUCAAAGAAAAAUUCUGGUGCCGGAAAUGUAUCCUAAGAGAGAUAUACAUUUGUAGAUGGUUAGUAAAUUACGCUUAGUUCUUGUUGUGCAAAUUAUUUUAAUAUUUAUUUAAAAAUUGUAACAACUACUUGUAUGUUUUGUAUGUUAUUAUAAAAUAUAUAGUUUAAAAUAGUUUUGUUCGCGGAUAACUUUCCGGCUCUGCAAUUUUUUAACCACUCUAAUAUAUAACGAAAAUAUCCAGCAGAGAGUGUUACUUGCCGGCAGAUGAAAUAUGUACAACUAUGUGUAAACACACGAACUAAAGCCAAAUAAAAGUCGAAUUAAGAAGUU